UAAAUUAAGCACAAAAAGGAACUGAAAGUCUUCACGUGAUCGAGUACGUGAAUGGCAGUGAGCCGUCUUUUGAUUUUCUGCCUUGAGAUAUAAUCGUAUAAAUAUGACACUAUGAGCGCUCUAUUAAGAUGGACUGCUCGUUCGACACUCACGACUAGCGGGGCACUGGCACUGGCACUGCUUUGUGUUUCACUGGUUGCCCCGAUACCGGAGACGAUCAAAGUCGAUCAGCAGCCUGUUCAUCCCCUUUCUUCUCUCGCUACGGAGUCGGAUGAUGCUUACAACACGUUUCAGGAACUUUACAAUCGUAGUUACGAGCCGGGAACGAAUCAAUUUUCACGCAGGUUAAAAGCAUUUCAGGAAAGUCUCAAGAGACAUAGCCACCUAAAUUCCUUUUCUUAUGAUGGAAAUGGCUCAGCAAGGUAUGGGAUAAACCAGUUUUCAGAUUUAUCACCACAAGAAUUUAAGGACAAAUAUUUAAGAAGUAGAUCUGAGCUGUGUCCCAAGUAUGGACAUUUAGAAGACAGAAGCUAUAAUGUGGACCUACCUUCCCGAUUUGAUUGGAGAGAUAAAAAUGUUGUCACACCUGUUCGAAGUCAACAAACGUGUGGAGGCUGCUGGGCUUUCAGUGUCGUUGAGGGAAUAGAAACUGCAUAUGCUGUUAAAGGCAAUCCCUUGGUCAAGCUCAGCGUGCAGCAAGUCAUUGAUUGCUCCUACAGGAAUCAAGGCUGCAAUGGCGGCUCCACUAUCAGCGCCUUGUACUGGCUGAACCAGACUCACGUGAAAUUAGUUAAAGAAUCUGAAUAUCCAUUUAAGGCAGUUACUGGAACUUGUCAUUUUCCACCAUCUUCAUUUGGAGUUUCAAUCAAAGGUUACGUGGCGUACGACUUCAGUGACAGAGAAGAUGUAAUGAUGGAGAAGCUAAUAGAAUUUGGCCCGCUGGCAGUCACAGUGGAUGCAUUAAGUUGGCAGGACUAUCUGGGAGGAAUAAUCCAACAUCACUGCUCAAGUCAAGAGGCAAAUCACGCUGUACUCAUCACAGGAUUCGACCGAACAGGUCCCGUGCCAUAUUGGAUAGUACGAAACUCAUGGGGUGCAUCAUGGGGAAAUGAAGGUUAUGUCUAUGUCAAAAUUGGAGAAAAUGUCUGCGGUAUUGCAGAUACCGUCUCAGCAGCAAUUGUGUGAUGCGACUUCCAUCGGCUGCAUUUCUUAAAGGCACUAUAAAGGAAUACUAAAUUCUGCAAGAAAAGAGCCUUCUGCAUUCACGUCACUUUCAAAAGAGCUGAUGGCAUGUAAUGUUGCUGCAUCACAGACUGGAAUCGUGGUGACUAAAUUCUUGACCGCUGCUAUAUUUUUGGUGACACUGUCAGGUCAAUAUUUUAUACUAAUGUAUUGGUGUUGAAGUAAGUGCCUAAAUAUUGAUUUUCUGUCAUUUGGAAGAGAGAAAUGCACCCAGCAUUGUUCACAGCAUAGUGUUUGUAAUUUUAACUGUUCUUGAUUUACAGUACCUUUUUAUAAGUUAAAAUAGACAAAAAUAAACUGAUUUUUUUAAGAAGAAAUUA